AUGGAGCUCCGGGCUCUGCUCUGCUGGGCUUCGCUUGCAGCCGCCCUAGAAGAGACCCUGCUGAACACAAAAUUGGAAACUGCCGAUCUGAAGUGGGUGACGUUCCCUCAGGUGGACAGUGGGCAGUGGGAGGAGCUGAGCGGCCUGGACGAGGAGCAGCACAGCGUUCGGACCUACGAGGUGUGUGACAUGCAGCGGGCCCCAGGCCUGGCCCACUGGCUGCGCACGGGCUGGGUCCCCCGCCGCGGGGCCGUCCACGUGUACGCCACGCUGCGCUUCACUAUGUUGGAGUGCCUCUCCCUGCCGAGGGCCGGCCGCUCCUGCAAGGAAACCUUCACCGUCUUCUACUUCGAGAGCGAUGCGGACACGGCCACGGCCCACACGCCAGCCUGGAUGGAGAAUCCCUACAUCAAGGUGGACACAGUGGCUGCUGAACACCUCACCCGGAAGCGCCCCGGGGCCGAGGCCACCGGGAAGGUGAACGUCAAGACGCUGCGCCUAGGCCCUCUCACCAAGGCCGGCUUCUACCUGGCCUUCCAGGACCAGGGCGCCUGCAUGGCCCUGCUGUCCCUCCACCUCUUCUACAAGAAGUGCGCCCAGCAGACUGUGAACCUCACCUACUUCCCGGAGACCGUGCCGCGGGAGCUGGUGGUGCCCGUGGCUGGCAGCUGCGUGGCCGGCGCCAUGCCCGCCCCUGGCCCCAACCCCAGCCUCUACUGCCGGGAAGAUGGCCAGUGGGCCGAGCAGCCGGUCACGGGCUGCAGCUGCAGUGCGGGGUUUGAGGCCGCCGAGGGCAACACCAAGUGCCGAGCCUGUGCUCAGGGCACCUUCAAGCCCCUGUCCGGGGAGGGGUCCUGCCAGCCGUGCCCAGCCAACAGCCACUCUAAUGCCCUUGGCUCAUCCAUCUGCCAGUGUCGCAUCGGGUACUUCCGGGCCAGCACAGACCCCCGGAGUGCACCCUGCACCACCCCGCCAUCCGCCCCGAGAAGCGUGGUUCCCCGCCUGAACGGCUCCGCCCUCCGCUUGGAGUGGAGCGCGCCCCUCGAGUCGGGCGGCCGGGAGGACCUCACCUAUGCGCUCCGCUGCCGGGAGUGCCGCCCCGGUGGGUCCUGCACGCCCUGCGGGGGAGACCUGACCUUCGACCCCGGCCCCCGGGAUCUGGUGGAGCCCUGGGUGGCGAUUCGCGGGCUGCGUCCUGAUGUCACCUAUACCUUCGAGGUCACUGCCUUGAAUGGGGUGUCCUCCUUGGCCAGUGGGCCCGUCCCGUUUGAGGCUGUGAACGUCACCACUGACCGCGAGGUGCCACCCCCAGUGUCUGACAUCCGGGUGACUCGGUCAUCACCCAGCAGCUUGAGCCUGGCGUGGGCCAUUCCCCGGGCGCCUAGCGGAGCAGUGCUGGACUACGAGGUCAAGUACCAUGAGAAGGGCGCUGAGGGCCCCAGCAGCGUGCGGUUCCUGAAGACGUCGGAGAACCGGGCAGAGCUGCGGGGACUGAAGCGGGGAGCCAGCUACCUGGUCCAGGUGCGGGCACGCUCCGAGGCCGGCUACGGGCCCUUUGGCCAGGAGCACCACAGCCAGACCCAGCUGGACGAGAAUGAGAGCUGGAGGGAGCAGCUGGCCCUGAUUGCGGGCACGGCAGUCGUGGGCGUGCUGCUGGUGUUCGUGGUUAUUGUCAUCGCAGUUCUCUGCCUCAGGAAGCAGAGCAGUGGGAGAGAAGCUGAGUACUCGGACAAACACGGCCAGUAUCUCAUCGGGCACGGUACUAAGGUCUAUAUUGACCCCUUCACUUACGAAGACCCUAAUGAGGCUGUCAGGGAGUUUGCAAAAGAGAUCGAUGUCUCCUAUGUCAAGAUUGAAGAGGUGAUUGGCGCAGGAGAGUUUGGGGAGGUGUGCCGGGGGCGCCUCAAGGCCCCUGGGAAGAAGGAGAGCUGCGUGGCCAUCAAGACCCUGAAAGGCGGUUACACAGAGCGGCAGCGGCGGGAGUUCCUGAGCGAGGCCUCCAUCAUGGGCCAGUUCGAGCACCCCAACAUCAUCCGCCUGGAGGGCGUGGUCACCAACAGCGUGCCCGUCAUGAUCCUCACCGAGUUCAUGGAGAACGGCGCCCUGGACUCCUUCCUGCGGCUGAACGACGGCCAGUUCACUGUGAUCCAGCUCGUGGGGAUGCUACGGGGCAUAGCGUCAGGCAUGCGCUAUCUUGCCGAGAUGAGCUACGUCCACCGAGACCUGGCCGCCCGCAACAUCCUGGUCAACAGCAACCUCGUCUGCAAGGUCUCAGACUUCGGUCUCUCCCGAUUCCUGGAGGAGAACUCCUCCGACCCCACCUACACGAGCUCUCUGGGAGGAAAGAUUCCCAUCCGCUGGACAGCCCCUGAGGCCAUUGCCUUCCGGAAGUUCACAUCUGCCAGUGAUGCCUGGAGCUACGGGAUUGUCAUGUGGGAGGUCAUGUCAUUUGGGGAGCGGCCAUACUGGGAUAUGAGCAAUCAGGAUGUGAUCAACGCCAUUGAACAGGACUACCGGUUGCCCCCGCCCCCAGACUGCCCCACCUCCCUGCAUCAGCUCAUGCUGGACUGUUGGCAGAAAGACCGGAAUGCGCGGCCCCGCUUCCCCCAGGUGGUUAGCGCCCUCGACAAGAUGAUCCGGAACCCUGCCAGCCUCAAAAUCGUGGCCCGGGAGAACGGCGGGGCCUCGCACCCCCUCCUGGAUCAGCGGCAGCCUCACUACUCAGCUUUUGGCUCCGUGGGGGAGUGGCUUCGAGCCAUCAAGAUGGGAAGAUACGAAGAAAGCUUUGCAGCCGCUGGAUUUGGCUCCUUCGAGCUGGUCAGCCAGAUCUCCACUGAGGACCUGCUCCGAAUCGGAGUCACUCUGGCGGGACACCAGAAGAAAAUCCUGGCCAGUGUCCAGCACAUGAAAUCCCAGGCCAAGCCUGGAGCCCCAGGCGGGUCGGGAGCACCGGCCCCCCAGUACUGA